GUUGUCCCAGACGGUGGAUUUUACUUUGAGAUAUCCCACAUAAGCCGUAAAGCCAACCAGCCAAACCAAGAAUCAAAUUUAAAAAACGGCGCCAAAGUGGGUUGCUAGGGUUCUUUCUUGUUCUUGCAGAAAGGGAAAAUCCCGCCAUGGCGAUUGAGUGUCUCGUUCUCGGCGCUGGGCAAGAAGUCGGGAAGAGCUGCGUGGUCGUGUCGAUGAACGGGAAGCGGAUAAUGUUCGACUGCGGGAUGGACAUGGCCUAUCACGACCACCGCCGCCAUCCCGAUUUCUCUCGCCUCUCCCAGUCCGGCGAUUUCGAUGCCGCCCUCACUUGCAUUGUCAUCACCCACUUCCAUUUGGACCACAUUGGUGCUCUUCCUUACUUCACGGAAGUUUGUGGGUAUCGUGGGCCGAUAUACAUGACGUAUCCAACCAAGGCAUUAGCUCCUGCGAUGUUGGAGGAUUAUCGAAAAGUAAUGGUUGAGCGAAGAGGUGAAGAGGAACAAUUUACCUCGGAGCAUAUUGUGGAAUGCAUGAAAAAAGUUAUAGCAGUGGAUUUGAAGCAGACUGUUCAGGUUGAUAAAGAACUUCAGAUUCGUGCCUACUAUGCAGGACACGUUCUUGGAGCAGCAAUGUUUUAUGCAAAGGUGGGAGAUACUGGUAUAGUAUACACAGGAGACUAUAAUAUGACACCGGACAGGCAUCUGGGGGCCGCUCAAAUUGAUCGACUACAGCUGGACCUUCUUAUAACAGAGUCCACAUAUGCAACAACUAUACGUGACUCAAAAUACAGUCGGGAAAGGGAAUUUCUUAAAGCUGUUCAUAAUUGUGUUGCUGGCGGAGGGAAGGUGCUGAUUCCAACUUUUGCACUUGGAAGAGCUCAGGAACUCUGCAUUUUGUUGGAGGAUUACUGGGAGCGUGUGAAUUUAAAGGUUCCCAUUUACUUCUCAUCAGGUCUGACCAUGCAAGCCAAUACAUAUUAUCAAAUGCUUAUCAGUUGGACCAGCCAGAAGGUCAAAGAGACAUAUUCCACACGUAACGCAUUCGAUUUUAAACAUGUUCUCAAUUUUGACCGUUCUAUGAUAGCUGCUCCUGGACCUUGUGUUCUUUUUGCUACACCUGGUUGGAUCAGUGGCGGUUUUUCGCUUGAGGUUUUUAAGCAGUGGUCUCCAUCUGAAAUGAAUCUUGUGACAUUGCCUGGGUAUUGUGCAGCUGGAACUAUAGGACAUAAAUUGAUGUCGGGUAAACCCACCAAAAUAGAUCUAGACAAGGAUACUCAACUCGAUGUGAGAUGCCAGAUUCACCAGCUGUCUUUCAGUCCUCAUACAGAUGCCAAAGGUAUUAUGGAUCUUGUCAAAUUUCUCUCCCCCAAGCAUGUGAUACUAGUACAUGGCGAGAAACCUAAGAUGGCUACUCUUAAAGGAAGAAUAUAUUCUGAAUUGGGAAUUCAAUGUGAUGACCCUGCAAACAAUGAGACAGUUUGCAUUCCUUCAACUCAUUAUGUGAAAGCAGGAGCCUCAAACACUUUUAUUCGAAGUAGCUUGAAUCCAAACUUCAAGUUUUCGAGAUGCAGUUCAGAAGAUGAAUCUGAUUCAUGUUUAAAAGAUAGAAAGUCCAUGCCAUGGCUGCAGGUAACUGAUGAAAGGACAGUUGAAGGGAUCUUGGUUGAGGAAAAGAGUAAAAAAGCAAAGGUUGCUAACCAAGAUGAGCUUCUUCUCAUGUUGGGAGAAGAGAAGCACGAGGUUCAGUUUGCUUACUGUUGCCCCAUAAAUAUUGGCAACUUAGAAGAGACCAAAAGCAAAGAUCUUACUUCAUCAAAUAAUGUGCCUUGCAUAUCUGACAUGUGCUCUUGGCUUCGCAUGUUGUACAUAAAACUUUCAGACCAACUUUCUGGAGGAAACGUCCAAGAUUUUGGGGAACAUAUUCAAGUAGAAUCUGUUCAUGUAUCCAUUUGUCAGAAGGACAGGUGCCCUUACAGAAUAAGUGAUAGUUCUCAAAAUAAAUCUGAAGCAGUGUUCGUUUGCUGCACUUGGUCGGUAGCAGAUGAGAAGCUUGCGUGGAAAAUCAUUUCGAUAUUGGAGAAUUUUAAUUCUGGAACUUAUUGAAUUAUAUAUAGUGCAAGCCUAGAAUGAUUUUUUUUUUUCUUUUCUUUUAUUAUUCCAUAUGAGCUUUUAAGUAA